UCAUUUCAAGAUAAUCAAGAUUUGUCAUUCUACUUGGUAUCUAAAUAUUUUUAACGUCGCAAUUUACUUAUUUGUAAUGAAUGCAAUAGUUGGCUUAUGUCAUUUUUGUGAGGCUCACGGGCCCCGACCGUUAUUCUGCACAUUCACGACGGAUGACGAGCAGCACACUACCGAAUCCUCAAAAUGCACUGCACAGUGUAGUGGAUGCACUUCCCUGGGCCCAGAGACCGUCCUUGUAUCGCGGGAUGAUGAUGGUUGUAUAUAUUGCAGCAGAGAGUCAGUCCCUAAUGCCGAUGUAACAGCUUUUUUGAGACAAGCUGCUAUUAGAAGCAUAACUUGUGAGGUGAGCUGGAGUAAGGAAGGAGGUGUAGUCUACUUUAGUGACACAAGAGGCCAUGUAUUGAGUCUUACUUUUCAAAUCAGAGACACUCGAGCCAGAGGACUCAAGCGGUGGUUCUCCAUUGUAGUGCUUAUGAAAGAUAAAAUGUUGCUACUGAAUAUUACACCCUUAUUGUCAGAACAUAUGCAGAAAAUAUCAAAAGAACUCCAAGACUUAGCAGAGGUAGUAUAUGACAAUGAACAGAAAGUUUGCUCUCAAAGAGCCCUAAGACUCAAAACUGGCAGAAAUGACUUCGGACAAUCUAGAUCACUCAUGCAGUUAACUGGUGAUGAAAAUGUAUUCAAGCGGCUCCACUCUCACUUCACCUGGAUGCUGAAAGCUGGCGCUCUGACUUACACCGAAACUCUCUAUAACAGCCGUGACAUGCUCAACAAACUCCAUCCAAACGCUACAAGAGGCAGCAUAUUCGAGCCGACUGCGUGUACAGUGGAGGAAUGUAUACCAUUGAGAGCCUUGGAGAAUUUAAUGAGUAAAGAGGUGUUUAGGAUACUUCUUUACUGUACAUUGUGUGGAGUCAAGAUUAUCAUAAAAUCUUCUCAGACUGACCCGACAGUAAUUGCAAAAGGUUUGUCUCGACUCCUUCCAGUGACCAGCUACGAUAGAGUUCCACACAUAAUAAUCAGCAGCGAAGAUCAUGUUGCUAGCCCAAAUGUUUGCGUGCUUGAAGAGGUGUGCAGUAACUUUAGUUGUAAAUGGGAGGGCACUGUACCUAAUAAAUGUCCAACACUGAUGAAUAGGAUAGAGACCGCCAUGGCUAACACAAAACUGAAUGACGCAGUUCUACAUCAGCAUGUAAAAUUUUUACAACUAGAGUGGCAAGGGAUAGCCAAAUCAGUAAAAGCAGCAAUCGCCAGCUCCGGCCAAAGUUCUAGCAGCGUAACUAAACUGAAGCAAGUGAUGAGCGUCACUCAACAGGACGAGGCCCUCGUCAACUAUUGGAUCAGCAAAUUUUGUAGCUAGCGCUGAAGAGUCUAGCUUGAUAUCUGUGAUAAUAUAAUUAAGAAACAAAAUGACUAAUUGUAUGAUUUGCAAAUAAUAAAAUUUUAACUAGUCAAA